ACAAAACAUCUUUCUUCAUAAAAAGUGAUAAAAAAAGAAAAGUGAGAUAUAAUAAAAAAGACUGAUUGAGAUUGAGUUUUAAGGAGUUUGAUUGAAAGGUAUUUUAUAUAGAAGCUAUGAUAUCAUUAGUAUCUAAUAUACAUAAAAAGUAUUUAAUUAUCAUUCAUGACUGCGGGACAACAACAACAACAACAAGUAUCAAAUAUCAUGGACAGUAAAUCUCAAAUUGAAGAUCAACCUAUAUUAGCACCAAGUAAGAGAAAGAAAGAGAGAGAGAGAGAGAGAAAAGUUAUAAACAGAUAUUAAACACACAUCUAUAUAAAAUAGAUAGCCCACCUAUGGCUGUAUUACCACUCAACUCUUCUGCCAAAUUAGAUCAAGAACCUAAUCCAUUUGAACAAAGUUUUUCUGGAGCUCAAUUAUCUGAUAAAGAAAAAAAGGAAGCAAAACUUACUCUACCCCCUGUUGCUUCUAUCACAAGUCCUUCUCCUGUCAUGCCCAUAUCGACCUCGGCUGUCAAUCCGAUCAUUGGAGGCGGAAUUUUGCCAAAGGAAGUCACUAGUCAAUUUGCGUGGGAUUCUUUACGCACAGGUCCACUCUCUCCUUCUAUGCUUCAGGGUCCAGCAAAUCCAGAUGCUUAUUAUGCUAUGAAGCCAAAAUCAAACUCAACAGCGACCCUCAUAAAUCAUCCAUAUAGAACGUUUACAGAAUACCAGCCUGUAAAAAUGGAAAAUACACAGCCUAUCUUUGUUCAACCUCAACCUCAACCUCAACCAGCUCGUACUACGACUACGACUGUUACAGCAUCAACAGUCAGCCAGAGAAAACGAUCGACUUCACAGCAUUCGGAAGAUAACUAUUCGUUAGAUAGUAAUGAUUCUAUUCCAAAGAAGACCACCAGAAGAAGAUCCACCAAGGAUACUGAACCUGACGAAGAAGAUGUAUCAGGAACUAAAAAGACAAGAUCGAAAUCUUCUAGUAAAGCAGUUGAAGAUGAUGAAAAACGAAAAAACUUUUUAGAAAGAAACAGAAUAGCCGCUUUAAAGUGUCGACAAAGAAAGAAGCAAUGGUUAAAUAAUCUGCAAGCCAAGGUUGAAUUUUUGACUAGUGACAAUGAAAGACUUCAAUUACAAUCUGAGAGCCUGAAGGAAGAGAUUGUCAAUUUGAAAACACUACUGUUGGCACAUAAGGAAUGUCCUGUGGCUCAGGCCAAUGGUUUCCAUGUCAACGCUAUCCAAAAAACCAUACCUUCUUUAAUCUCUCAACCUAAUAUAGCAAGGCCCAUGAAUGGGGUGGUAACUAAUAACAAUACUGCCUACUUGAGCGCUAGAAUGACAAAUGGCCCUGUACCGACAAGUACAACAUCCAUGCCAUCAUCGCAAUCCAUUCAAUAUCAACCUACAAGCAUGAUAACAGCACCGCAGCAACCAAGUCAACCAAGCAUGGUUGCAGGUGGUGCCCGUGGUGCAUCAGGUGUAUUGCGAUUCUAAGAUUUGACAAAUUCUACAUAAUUUAUAUUGUACAUUGUUUCUAAACACACACACACACAACAUUUCCUUCCCUCCCUUGCCUCUUUCGCUUUUUUUGCUUGUUUCUAUAAUAAACAUUAUAUAUCAUCUCUAUUGUUUUACUGCAAAGGAGGGGU